UUCUCGCGGCAAUCGCGCGCCAACCUUCGCCGCGUGAGGGCGCCGCUAUCGCCCGCCGCGUUCCGUCACCACGCACGUGCUUACUCUACUACAAAACGUGUCGGUGUGUGAGUGACUCCGUUGAAUUAUUCCGUGUCAAUACGCCGUCGCCCGGUGCGAAGCGUGCUCAGCAUAGGAAUAUACCGGUUGUCAGUCGUGUGCAAAUGAAUAUGUUUGUUCGUGAGCAUUAUUGUUGUUCCCGAGUGAUAGGCGGCGAUUAAUAUCGCUCCUGGAUGUGGUAUUAAUAUUGAUGUUCAACAUUCUUCGACCAUAAUGGGGUAACCGUUAAAUUUUGAAAUGACUAAAAGCGAAAUAAUGGAUACGAAUUCGAAAUUGAAGGACUAUGUUUUGAAGUAAUAGUGCUAAAAUUGGCGGGAAAGAUGGAUGACAGUUCUCCGGACCUGUCGCUGAAGCUUCGGCGAGGGUCGAGCGAUUCUCGCGAGUCCUUUUACAUGGACUUUGCUCAGGGUAUCGAUUCUGAUAUCGAGGAGGUGACCACGAUCGAAAGGGUGAUUCCUGAGCAUCCUGGAGGCAGGACUGAAGGUGAUGCAGAUACGCUGGCAACGCCGUCGGGUCUUGAAGAAAACAAAGAAUUGGUACCAUGUUGCUACUCUAUCCCCUCCAACAACAUGUCUGGUGGGUCUCACGUGUCCCGGGGCACGUUUGGGGCAGACUCUGAGAUUUCUGGAGGCAGUGCCCCUCCAUUGCCAAGCCCAGCGUCGGCGGGGGCUGCGUUGGUGUCCCCGGAAACCCUGAGCCGGCACAGUAGCCCCCCACCGUUACCUGCACACCCAUCUCAUCAGCAACCAGCGCCUUCUUGCUCAUCACAUAGGGUCCACAUGGAAUCUCCCCUCAGGUUAUCGAGUCCUCCAUCCCUUUCGCUGGGGGGGUCUCUGUCCCUUCAACCUGUUUUGUAUGGACCUGGAGGUUCUCACCCCCCACUGCCACCAGCACGACGGGCUUCAAGACCAUCAGCCGCUCAUCCCAUGCACGUCAUCAGCGCAGGUGAUGCUCUAGCGACCACGUUGUCAGCUUUGUACGGGAAGCUGCUCGUCGUCAUGGGGGUCGCUUUUCCCAUGGCAGAAGUCAUCUCUACUUACAUUCCACCUUCAUUUUAUGAGGGCUUCUACUUGUACCUGUACAUCGGCAGUAUGGUGUUCCUACUGUACAUGUAUGCAGCACUGGCGAGGGACCGCGCGCGCUCCCACGCCGCCACGACCGUUGUUGCUAAAACAGACUCAAGCUCGUCCCCUUCAGAAUCUGACUCCUGUUCUUCACGGACGGAGCGCAGCACAGCCACCCCGCAGCAGCUGCCUGCAAACCUGGCUGCCAAGAGACUGUCCCUUGGGUUCGCUCUCACCACCAGAGUCCAUCACUACGGCAGCUUCUACUUACGGAUGGGCGCAGUUGCAUUCGGCAUUGGGUCCAUGAUCUACUCCGGGCUGGAGUUCGGGCAGUACUGGGAGCUAGAGAGGAACACGAACUGUCACAACGUGCUGCUGGCUCUCACGCCCGCCACCAGGAUGGCCUUCAUCUUCAUACAGAUGUACUUCAUCUUUCUGAACAACGAGAUGAAAGUGUACAAGCAUAAGAUAGUGGCCAGGUUCGGGCUGAUGCACAUGGUGGGCACCAAUCUGAGCGUGUGGCUGAACGUGCUGGUCCAAGAGACCAAGCACGAAAUUCUCACCUUCUACGACCCGGAGAACAAAACCAUCGGCCUUUCACAUCGGCUAGCAUUUCAAAAAGCCUUUUCACCUUCAUUGGCUACGGAAGUUCCACCGUCACAUCCUGCUGCGGCGCAUCUACGAGUUCCCCGAGGACUUAAAGGACCCCAUCACAUCUUCGAGUGUAGACGAACUAACAUCAUGGGAUCCCUAGUCCAAGAUGCCUCGCCCUUUCUCUUCCCCUGCACUAUUGAAUACUCACUCAUCUGCGCUGCCAUAUUAUACGUCAUGUGGAAAAACAUAUCCAAAUAUCCAUCGAAAGAUGUCGCAGUGGCCAUAGCUAAAGCCAGAAUCCUUGAAGGUUUAGCCUACAAGAAGUCACCUCAUUUAUACAGCGUUGACUGUGCUCGAGCACACAAGGGUUUAUUCUUUGGAAUCCUCGUACUAGUCCUUACAAUUAUAUCAUUAAUUUUAUUUUUCGUGUUGGUAUCUAAAAAAGAAUACGCUUCUUUGGCCGUCGUGGAAGUAAACGUAUGUGAAUUGGGUUUAUACGCCAUGACGACAUUUGCUAGUUUGGCUGGAAUGGUAUGCGUUAGAAAUCUGAAGUACGAUGGCAACCGAAAUCUUGAACUGGACAACAUACUUCUAGUGGGGGCUCAAACUGGUAUGUUCAUUUACGGAACCUUCACUAUCAUCGGUGGACAGUUUACUAUAGAGAAGAAUACUAUUCUCAUUCUAAUAACUGCUUUAUCAUCAUUAAUUCAGACGACGUGUCAGACGAUGUUCAUCUUGGAUGCCAGUCGAAGAUCAGCGAAGACACCCGAACAGUUGCGAAAGAAACCCGGAAGAGAGAUAGUAACAUUUCUUCUAGUCACAAAUCUGGCGAUGUGGGCCAUAAAUACCCUUGAAAAGUCCCGAGCAGAAUCGCACCCAGUUCAGUUACACUUCUACGGGCUUUGGGCCUGGACGAUUAUAACUCAUGUUUCGAUGCCACUGGCCAUUUUUUAUCGGUUUCAUUCCACAGUCUGUUUAUGUGAAAUUUGGAAACGGGCUUAUAAGAUGAAGCCGGCAUACAUGUAGCGACCGGCCCGAAGGAGGUACUAAGUGCAAUGCAUUGGUCCAUGAACUAUGGUACAUUGGAAUUAUAAAGUAGACCAGUGGUGUAGUUAGAUGUUAGUGCCAUAGAUUCAACUAUUCAGGCGUGCAUGGAAAAUUUAAAUAUAAUACUGAACUAAUCCUACACUGAAACUGUUCAGUAGUUUGAUAUCGGUUGCUAUUUAAAGAUGAACGUAGCGUCAAAAAUUGAAAUUUAAAACAUAGAAUUAGUUUGUAACUAUAAAUUAUUAUAACCAUUUGUAUCAUUCAUCGUAAUCUAUUUCUUUAAGGCGACCUCGUGUUAUUAUCACCCUGAAUUAGUUUUGAAGUUGACUGCUCUAAUGUUAAGUUAUUGUAUUAAAAUAUUUUAAUGUGUUAUUUAUUUGUAGCUUUAUUGAAUGCUUUAAACGAUAGUGGUAUGAAUAUGUUAAUAAUGUUUAGAUCACUAUAUUUUUCUCUUAAACGGGUAGGAUUUUAUUCACUUAUCGCUUAAUAUAUAAUUAUCCUGUUACUUUGUCUGCAAGUGUAGUGUUAUUGUUGGAAUUGCAUAAGUUAUUGUGUUCAAAUUCAUAUUUUGUUUCAGAUGUAAAUUAGUUAAGGUUAUAUAUUUGUUAUCUGUCCUAGCCUGUGUCAACAUUCCACUAAGUAAUUAAACCACACUAGCAAUAGAACUUACGAGUAUGAUAAUUCAAAAUGAAUGUCUUCCAUUAUAUUAGGUUUCAUAUUUUAGUUCUCACUUAACAUGUCCCAUUAUUAUAUUUUUCUCAUAUGCUAAAUAUCGUCGAAGUAAUUUUCAAUCAUUCAUAUAACAGGAACGAUUCAUAUAAAUAUAAAACGGGAACAAUAAAUCGACCUAAUAAGUAGUAUGUUUUUGAUCAUUUUUUGAGCAUUGAGCUUUGAUGAUGAUUGUAGUGAAGUAAUUUACAUACAGAUGAAAAUAGUUUGUGACAUAGUCCGAUCUGGAUUUAGAGAUUUUGUAGCCAUAUUUUUGCGAAAAAUGUAGUGUCGAUAUUUUCGAAAAGUUUUGAUCGUAGCGAUACUGUACCAAGGACCCAGUAGUUAGAAAAAAGAACACCAAAGUUUUAUAAGAGUAGGAAAGGAAAUUUUAUAAAUUGAUCUAAUUGCUCCAAUUUUAUAGCAGUUUUAAAAUUAUAUAUGUACCUAUUGUGCAGUGUAGAACUAAAUUAUACGCUCUUGACCGUAUGAUCUAAUUUUAAUGAAAUUUGAGUUUUGGGAAAAAGAAGAUAUGAAAAAUAGUCUGCCUGGUUUGGUUACCCUGGUCGCAUCUGUUUCUGCAACCAAUCAAGAAUGUUUGCAUUGGUGUGUUCCAGUUUGAAGGGCGAGACAGGUAUAUAAUUAAACAACAUACUGUGGCAAAAGAACUUAGGUUACACAGUAGGUAGGUAACACUUGUCUAUAGGCGGUGGUGAUCACCUACCGUCAGAUACGCCGCAUGCCUGUUUAACUGCUCAUUAUACAAAAAAACACCGAACAAAAUCUUUUGUUUUGUUCAAUAAUUCUAUUACUACUAAGCUUGCCAAUCAAGGAUGGUUAAUAGAUGACACAUUCAACAUCGAUGAUGAGAAUGGAUUGAAUGAAAUAUUAUAUUAAUUUUAGCAUGCUAUAUAUAAAUCAAGGUACAGCAAAUAAAUAUUAUUAUAGAUGUAGCUAUUUCGUCCAGUACAUUGCGAGUCCAAUGCUUGUAUUUUGAAAAGUCAGCUCGUAGAAAAUGUAUGAAUAUUUUAUAAUGAUAUGUAUGUACUAUAUUAAUGGAACAUAUAACUCUUAAGUACUAACUACAUUUGUUUCUUGUAUUUAUGAUCAUUUUUCUCUUGUAAGUACUACUAUUGCUCAAAUUGCCACAAAUAUACCUUUUUACAAGCUUUUAUCUUGCAAUAUAUAUACUUGCAAGUAACUAUUUAUGUAUGUCCCUAUGUCUCGGGUCGAAUUUUGCAAUUCAAGUUUGAAACAGCUGAUAUCUUUAACCGAUUGAGCCGAAAUAUUGUACACACGUUUGGUUUGGAUGACAAUGCAUUAUUAUGAUAAGCAUGACCUGAUGGUAUACCCAGGAACGGCUUCUGACGUGGGAACUCCUCAACGGUUUACUGCAUGGACAUGAUUUUUUGGUCACACAUUGAAUGCAAUAAGAUCUCUCUGACAACAAUAAAAGCUUGUGUCAAAAAUAACUUGAUGGUUUUUGUAAAAGUUUUAUUUAAAUAUCUAAUGAACAUGAUUCAUUUAGUAUAUUUUACAAUAUACAUAGUAUAAUAUCCAAAUAAGUAAGAGUUCUCUAUCUUGCGUCUCAAUAAAAAAAAGGGUUUCAGAAAACGAAAUUGUUUGAUGUAUUUGAAAAUAUUUGACAUACUUUAUUAUAAUAUGUAAGUAGUAUUAGUAUUUAUAUAUUAUUUAUAGUAUGUGUAAAAUUAUGUUGAAAAGUGUAAGUUGACCACAUAAUACUCACAUAAUGACAAUUUUUUGAAGAGACUAUUUUGAGCUUAUGAUUAGUUGUAUCGCUUAACUGUUUACUAAUUAGCGGCUAACAUUGGCCUAUUGCAUUAUUUUGUGCAAUAACUAAUAAACACAAUACUUAAAUUACAUCCUUGUUGUUAUAUUAUUUUAUGGAUUUAUGGUUUAAGGUCAAUUGUUUAUGGCAAGAGACUCUAGUCUUGGUAACCUAAUAAUUGUAUAAUUAUAAGAUAAACGACAAAAUCAUUCAUUUUGAAAAUCGUAGCAGUAAAUUUUUUAAACGACAUAAAUUGUUUUUUUUUAUACAUGGAAAAAUAAUAUAAUAUACGAUAUAUUUUUUCUUUAAUUUGAGCAUUUAUCACCUUUUCGUCAAAUGUAUAAAUAUGAAUGAUUUUGUUAGAUAUCUAUUGAGAACACCAAUUAUGACCGUCUUACACUUUUGACGUUUAGAUAUAGUAAGGUUUUACAUUUAUACCAAAUAUUUGUUAAAUAACCUAUUUAUAUGACAUUUUGGAUAAUUUUUAAAACUAUUUAGUUUUGUAAAAUAAUAGUGAUACUAGCGUAAUGAUUUUUAAAUAAGUAUACAUAUAUUUGUGAAGUAUUUAUUUAGUUAGGUGAGACUGUGAAUAGCUGAUUGUCUUCUUGGAUGUUUCAAAUUAAAAAGCAAAUAAAAUUUCUUGGAAUCAU